AUCGUACGGUACGGCCUCUGACCGACCCAGAUAGAUACGGAAAGUACGGGUAUUGUGUGCGGACCACCGGGACGCGACCCCGGAUCGGACUCGACGGCGGCGAAGCGUUUGGGGCGAUUGUUGAGUUGAGCAACGGCAAACAUGCCGUGAAGUUUCCCAAUCUGGACCAUAUAACCAACGUUAGAUAGCCUCUUUAGGUCCAUGCUUGAUGAAACUGAACAAGAAGAAUGACAUCUGUACUCUCUCCAUGUGGUGGUAAUAAUAUGAGAUGGAGCUGAGUAUAGAACAACUGUACCCGUUUAUUCUGGUAGCUGUAUUCAUCUUGGCACUUAACAUCCUAUUCUGCUGUUACCUCAUGAAGUUGAGGAGAGAAGGCCAAAUUGAGAUGGGAUAUAGGGAGGUUGGAUACUCCAUGAAGAUGACUAAUGAUACAUGUGCUGUUUGUUUAGAAGAGUUCAAGCAAGGAGAACGAGUAGGACAGUGUCCAUGCAAGCAUAACUUUCAUAUCGGCUGUGUUUCAAGAUGGCUUGACUCACACGAGACCUGUCCUAUAUGCCAGACCAGGGUCAGACAAAAUAGAGUGACAGAGCGCACAAGACUGGUUUCCGUUCCAAUUGAUACAUGAUGUCCAUGUGUCAUUCUGGGUCUAUCAUGCUACCCGUACGACUGUGCAAAGGAAGCCUAAGGUUGGAACAAGUAGAGACAGGUUGAGUACUCUGUUAACAUACUUCCAUUGGUUAUGAAUUAAUGGACUAGCCAGUAAGUCCUUCAACAUUGCAUGAUUAUUGGAUUCUUCUGGAACCUAUUGGACCAUAAUGGCCUUGGACCAGAUGAGAGAUGAGAUCCGUAAUCUGUAAAUAACUUCAUGGAGUGCCUGUAGAUUGUUCGAGCCAUCACAUUGCAGCUGGGUUGAUAAAGCACAAACUUUUAUGGAGUGGUAGUGAAUCAUCAAUCAUGGAGAACCAACUUCUCACAAAUACACCCUGAGGUGAGUGUUCCAUGAAGCCUAAUGCCAAUGAUAUUCACUGACAAAUGUGCUCUGAGCCAACCAAUCAGAUGCAAGGAUUUCAGUAGCUUAUAACAAAUAGUCAGUAAAAUGGCUAUUUGUUGCAUGAAAUGCUCCACACACAGAUGAGUUCUUGAUGAGGCAGAAGAGACCAUGUAUGUUGAAGCCAGGAAAAGGGAUUAAUUUAUCAAUCAUGUACUGUGAACCUUGAAAUGUGAAUUAAGAGGCUUCCCAAUUGGUCAUGUGACUCUCUGUGACCAUUGCGAUCACGUGCCAUAUAUGUAUAUAUAUAUUCACUUAGGGUUGCGGGGCCAAUUGUGAAAGCCAAUUUAGAAUUAUUUGAGUAUAUUUUGUCUAAAUACCAAAGUAAAAAUGUAGACAAAUGUAUAUGAUCUUAUAUGAUUAAAAAAAUAGUUAACCCCUAUAUUUUCAUACUACAAGCUAAAGGUUGUUUAGUUUGUAAAGGUGACACUUUGACUGCACUUUGUCAGCUAGACUGUAAAUGGCUACAUAAUUAUAUUGCAGGUGGUCAUUUUCAAACAAAAGUGGACAUGGGGGUGAAAAUUAAAACUUGCUAGAAAUCAUUAGGCUUCAAUG